CUGUGGUCUAAACCCUUAACAAUCUGCCAUUCAUUGCUCGUACAAGUCAAUUUUUAAAAUACACUUCCAAGAAUCCAAGUAUGUUUGGAACCCUAAGCCACCGUUUUUCAAAAGAUUAAAAAAAAUUUACCUAACCCAACCCACCGGAUACUACUCAUAAAUAAUAAUUCGGUCCCGCGAAUUUCCCUCCGAUAAUCGCAUUCAAGUAAGCAAGUACCCUAUUUCAAUUCAUAUUCCUAUACAUGUUACAAUUACGCGUUAUAAUAUAUAAUCUUAGUCUCGAAUUCUGGUAGUAACAGGUGUUACUUUUCUUAACAAUGAUCAGUUUCAUAUCAAUUUUUGAGUUAGGGUUUCAUGUUUUUUAGUACUUGAUCUAGGGUUUCUUACUGUUAUUGUUAUUGUUGAGCUGUGAUUCAAUGGCAGAAGAAUUAUCCGAUAGCGAUUCCGAUGAUUUCGGGUUAGGAGAAGACAUGGAAGCCUUACGUAGGGCUUGUAGUUUAGGUAUAGGUGAUUAUGGUGGUUCCAGUGGUGUAUUUUUGGAUGAUUCGAGUUCCGAGUCGAGUGACGGAGAUUUGGAAUUGUAUAAGAAUAUUAGGGCGAGGUUUUCGGGUGGGAAGGAUGAUCAGGAGCCGUUGAAUUUGAAACCUAUUUGUGUGUUGCCGCCGGUGUCGUUGGAUAGUGAUGAUGAUGAUUGUGAUGGCGAUUUUGAGAUUCUGAGGGAUAUUCAGAGGCGGUUUAGUGAUGAUUGUAAGGAGAAUUGUGAUGGUUCGGUUGUUACUGAUUUGGAUAAGGAGAGUUUGGAUUGUAAUGUUUUGGAUUCGGGUGUUUGUGGACAGGAGAUUGAGGCUGAUCUUGUUGAACCUGAGGUUAUUGAUGAUUGUUCGCCUGGUAGGGAGGAGGAGACGGGGUUGCCUAAGUCAGCUCAGGCGUUUCUUGAUGCGAUUAAGAAGAAUAGGUUGUGUCAGAAGUAUUUGAGGAGUAAGUUGAUGCUUGUUGAGUCGAGAAUUGAGGAGAAUGUGAAGUUGAGGAAUAGGGUUAAGGCUCUGAAAGGGCUUCAGUUUGCGUGUAGGAGGAGGACAGGGCUUGAGGUGUCGCAGAAGAAAGAUGCUCUUCUUCAGUUGGUUCAGGGUACGAAGUUGAGGGUUAAUGCUAAAGUGAAUGAGAAGAGCACCCGUGUUAUGCGUUUUGCCCCUUGUGAGAAUGAUCAUGUCAUGAAUUAUAAGGCCAUGGUUGAGAAAUUUUGGGAAUCAGUGAAUCGGAAUAAGUGGACAAAACAAGAUGAUGUAAAUCUUGUGAAGGGGAUCAAGCAACAGUUUCAAGAUAUGUUGCUCCAAAAGACGUAUGAGAAUGCAGAGGGGUUUUCUGAUUCGAAUGAAUUUGAUAGCAUAGUUGCAUCGAUUAGUGAUCAUGACAUUACUGAUGAGAACUUGAAUGAAUUCUUGCCUAAGGUUAAUUGGGAGCAAUUGGCUUCCAUGUACACCAAGGGGCGAUCUGGCACAGAGUGUGAAGCGAGGUGGUUGAACUGUACAAAUCCUUUGAUCAACAAAAAUUCAUGGACAAAAUCAGAAGAAAAGAAACUUUUGUACAUAAUUCAACAUAAGGGGAUUAGCAACUGGAUUGAUAUUGCGUCAUCAUUGAGAACAAAUAGGACACCAUUUCAGUGUUUGGCACAUUACCAGAGAAGUCUCAAUCCAUCACUACUGAAACAGAAUUGGACAGAGGAUGAGGAUGAAAAACUCCGUGCUGCUGUAGCAACUUAUGGUGAGAGUAGCUGGGAGAGUGUUGCUUCUGUCUUUGAAGGACGGACAGGUACCCAAUGCUCUAAUAGAUGGACAAAAGCACUUCACCCAACGAGGAAAAGGAUAGGGAAGUGGAUCCCAAAUGAAGACAAACGUUUAAAAGUAGCUGUUACGUUCUUUGGGGCUAAAAGCUGGAGAAAAGUAGCGCAUUAUGUGCCUGGACGCGAUCAUGUGCAGUGUAGGGAAAGAUGGAAAAAUAGCUUGGAUCCUUGUGUUAAGCUAGAUUAUUGGACUUCAGAAGAAGAUCAAAGAUUGGAAGAAGCAUAUGAGGAAUUUGGACCCUCCUGGAAUAAGAUUGCCUCAUAUGUGACUCAACGUACUGAUAACCAAUGUCUCCGAAGAUGGAAGGUUUUGUUUCCAGAGGAAUUUCCUAAGCUUCAAGUGGCUAGAAAAAUAAAAAAGAUUGCUUUACCUUCAAAUUUUGUGGACCGGGAAGCAAGGAGACCUGCCCUUGGGCCUAGUGAUUUUGUCCAUCUGCAGUUGUUAGAUUCUGCGCUUGAAGCUAAAAAGACAGACUCCUCUAAGAAGAGAAAGAGGAAAUCAAGACAGCCUGUUUCUUCUGCUAAAAGGACGGACUCCUGUGAGAGGAAAUCAAGGAAGACUUUUUCUUCUGCAAAUAAUUAUGUUUCUAAACUUAGACCUGCAAAGCAGAAAAAGGAUGCUCAGCAAAGUUGCGAGGGUGACAAACCCCCUAUUCCUGAGGUGCAUCCCGCUAGCAAGAAAUCUGUAUGGAGUAGAAAAAAGAAAACAAGGUCAGAAUCAUCUGAAUCAUUCGCAGCAUUUUCCAACUCAGAAAGUAAAAGGAAACCAUGUGAAAAUGAAUCUAUUGACAUAAAGCAUAAGAAAGUGAGGAACCGGAUGGGAAUUGAUGCUACAAAGAAAAGAAAGACACUGAUACCAUCACUUGAGAAAAAUAUAUUAACUGAAAAAGUCAAAGAAGUUCAAGUUCACACGGAAUCUCAUGAAACGGAUGUUUUGAGUGAACAUUUAGAUAUAUCUAUUUUUGGGGAUUGUCUUCAGUCACCCAGUAGAAGUCCAGAAAGGAUGUUAUUGAAUGGUGAUGUUGCUGAGCCAUUUUUCAGGGAUAAUAAUGAUGAAAGACCUCUGAGGUGCUCAACACCAGAAAUUUUAGAGAAUUUGAACCCGCGGGCAUCCACUGUUUGCAGAAAAAGGCAGAGAAGGCUAAAUUCUAAACAAAUGCGUAAUGUAGGUUACAGGGAUGACAUGACAGUUUCAUCUGUUAGCAACCAGUUACGGAGAUCCCAAAGAAUAGAAAAAUUGAAGCUUCGACCUAACAAGUGCUACAAGUACCAGAGUGGUGAAUGCUUCUAAAAUUAUGGUAUUACUGCCAAGUGGUCAGCAUCUGAAUUUAUAUAUAACUUGAUACCUCAGCUAAACUGUCAUAGGUGAAUACCAAGGGUCUAAGAGGUUAAAAACUCGAUAACUUCAUUGAAGGCAGAUGUCUAUAUCAGAAACUGAGAGAUGAUAUCGCUCUUGCUUAAUUUACUUCUGAUUGAAGAAGAGGAAGAUUAGCCCCCCUAAGUUGUGACGGAAUUUUCAAUUUUGUGAGGACUUUUUGAUGUUCCUUCCAUUUUUUGUUUGCAGAGGCGGUGAAAGCUCUACUUGGGUAUCAUGAUUCUUGCCAUUCUGUUUACAUAUUUGUCAGUCAGUGUGUAUCGUAUCCAAAUGUAUUUCUAGCGGGCUUACUUGUCUUUGUAAACCAAUGGUUUACUCCCAAGUUAGCAAUCCUUUUACCUGUAAAAUUAAAUUGAGAUAAACACAGUAUUUUGCAUUUUAAUCUCAAAAUUGAACCUUGAGAUGAGUCCCGAUGUCACCCACCUGCAGCUGCUAUUUGCUAAGUUUUGCGAGUGGUUAUAGUUUUCAUAUACUGCAUGCAUGGUAAUAAUGUUAUGCAUAAUGUUUGCUUAGUUAAACGCUUUCUAUGUACAGAUCACAGCUCCAAUUCGUUCCUUCCAUAAUCUUGUCAGCACUUAUUUUGUCCUUCAUAUGUCUCAAAUGUUCCUUCCUCUUCUUAUUUUACAUUUUUCCGAAUCUGAUGUGUGCUUCUUGCACUUUAUAUAUACUGAUGUUUUAUAUGCUAUCUCAAAAAUAUUCGUGCUAUAUUUGUUUAUAUGUUUAUUGUUUGAAUCCUUCAGUUCCCUUGUGCAAGUCAUCAGUCUUUGUUCAUCUAUUUUGUUGCAGAUGCGAUUUUUAUUUUAAUUAUUUGCAAAUAUAAACUAAUUUGUAGCUUGGUAUAGAUUACGCAAUUUGUUUUGUUUGAUAAAUUAAAUUUACAAUAUUAAUCAGUUAUUUUGUUUAAUAUGUACUUAUGAACUCACGCCUUCUUGUAGGAAAAUACGAUCAUAUGGACUACUUGACAAAGACUCGGAUUUGUCUGUGCAAAGGUCUGUCAGGUAAGUUAACAGCAUUUUAAAAGGAGUAUUCAAUGGUAAUAUGCUUUCUGUACAUUAAUUUGUAGUACUCCCUAGUUAUAAUAUAGUAUAAAGUUAGUCUCUUUAAAAAAAAUUAUGACAGCAUGGAUUUUUAAAAACUUAAAAUGUUGAUGUUGGUAAGUUUGAGGUAUAAGUUAGAACCGGAUUCUUUUAAAGAUGUUUCUGAGCAAACUGACGAGAAAUUUGGGGAUGUUAAGGGAGAAGAAGGCGAGAAUGCCAUGAAGAGAACGCUGAGCCGGAGUGAAGAAAAGGUUGAAGACGGAAUCGGUACAGAAAGUAAUCUGUAUUCCUGUAGUGACUUGUUUAUAAGUACUGGACUUCUGCAGUGACUUGUUUAGUUGUUUAUGUCAUGUUACCAGAAACUUAAUUUUUUAUAUUAUCA